AUGUCGGCGUCUCCACCUAGCGGUUCGUCCAAGAGACGGGUUCGCACAGAGGCCCAAAUGAGCCAGAAGCGACUAGCCGACCGCGUCAAACACAGAGAGAAUCGACAAGAGCACAAGUUACGCAUGGAGCGAAUGGAAGCCGAUAUUGCGCAGAUCAGAAGGAAUCUUGAUACUGUAUCUGCGCAACUACGAACACUGCCUCAGAUUGGUGCCGACUUGAUGGCCUCACAACAGCAACAACAACAAAGACCUCAAAGACAAACUAACUUUCCUGGACAUUCCUCAGGUGAAGGCUAUGAGAUGGACACUAGUACCGCACGCGUCAACGACACCCCGGACUUCCCCGCGCGAUCUGCACCCAACGGUCCGGGUAGAGUCUCGCCUCGUCCAGACCACGACAUGCCAAUGCCACCUGCCGAGGUCAUGUCAAGUUUAUUCCCUGCCCCAUCACACGUCGAUUGUCGAUGUGGAGUGCAGCAUCACUCGCAAGCCGAUUGUCUAGAGUACCGCAGUUUCGCCAUACUGUACGAAACCCAUGCUGCGUUUCCCCAGGAUCCUCUGCAUGCGCGAUCCCUGCCGAAGAACCCUUCGUUACCUAAUAUGACGCUUCAUUCGUAUGGUGACAACGCUGUCACAUGCUUUCUUACGUCUUUUCUCAAGGGUUUUGAGAUGUCGAGUGUGGAGACUUUGUUUGGGAUUUAUUUCUUUGCCUACCGACUUAUGAGGUGGCGCUUACAUCCUGAUCCUAUGACAUUGAAGGAUGUGCCGCCGUGGCUUCUCCCAACCGAGGUCCAAAAUACAUAUCCUCAUCCCGUGAGCAUCGAUUACAUCCCUUGGCCCGACCUUCGCGACUUUCUCUGUACGAAUCCACGCAUCAAAUCCCGGCAUUCUGUCAAGAUGUAUCUUGAGUCUCUGCAACUGAAGUGGCCGCCAGGGUGUUCUCUCAUGACCAUGGAGGGUGGCCAGGUCUGCGUUAGUCCCGAAUUUGAGGCUAUUGCAUGUGAUUUGAAUAAUUGGAAGCUGGGACCGCCUUGGUUGGACAAUUUUCCGCGUUUAGUUUCACUGGUGCAUCCUUAG